GCUGUGAAAGGUGUUGUGCUUCAUUUCUUUUUGAAAAGCCUGAGGUGAGGGUCGCAGAGGUGAAGCUUGAUGCUUAAUUUUCUAUAGAUAUUGAAGGAAUUGAUUAAAUGAUUAGCACCAGUUUGCUGUUUUGUUAUUGUGAUUCAGACACAGGUGGACUAACUCCGAAGUCGGGAGCUUGAAGCCUCAGCAUGAUGAGCCGUCCACAGAAAUACAUAGAAGGUGAAGCUCUUCACUGUCAACGUGAAAAAUCAAACAAUGCGUUAAAGCUCAGAGUGGCCGUGCUGGUUGUUUGUGUUCUCCUGGUAUCGGCUCUCGUGGUAAUUUAUCUCUUGUUUGAGCUUUUGAAAACCAGGGAAAUGCUCAGAAACCUUGAACUGAAGCAGGUAACUGUAAAAACUGAUGUCACAGUUGAACCAUAUUACAAAUGUGAAGAUGGCUGGGAGCAACACAGAGGAAAGUGCUAUUAUUUCUCCACAAGAAAAUCAUCCUGGGAUCAGAGCAAAACUGAAUGUAGCACUAAAGGAGGAGGCCUGGUUAAGAUAGACAGCAGCGAGGAGCAGAGUUUCUUGGGGAAAAAUGUUCAACAAAAAACGGUGGGAUACGACGACCUUUUCUGGAUCGGCCUGACAGGCUCAGCAGAAGAGGGCAAAUGGUUGUGGGUGGACGGCUCACCACUGAACGAAAGGUUGACAUUUUGGAAGGAUCAAGAGGCAGAUGAUUUGAGUGGAGAAGAUCCCGAUGGAGACGACUGUGUGGGGAUGGGGCCAAUGUAUUGGUUUGAUAAUUCCUGCAAAGUACCACAAAGAAGUAUUUGUGAGAAACCGGCUUUGAUUCUGUGUGGAUAAAUUUCAGUUCAGGAACAACAGUAUGAGCAGACGAUAUGCUGCAAACAUUUAAAGACAUCCAGAAAUGUUUAAUGAAAAAAAUACUAUAUACACUGUUUAUAAUGAAAUACAUUUUAAUAAUUAUUCUGUGUCUGAUUUUCUU